AUGUCAAAAAGAAAAAGCGUUUAUCGUGAACAGUUUUCAACUGACUUUCCAGGGAUUAAAAACAGUAAAAAAGGUGAAAAUUAUGCCUUUUGCGAAUAUUGUUCAACUGAUGUUAGUAUUGCGAACGCAGGCGUUUCAUCUAUUAAACAACAUUUUGAAAAAGAAGUUCACAAAAACAACGUAAAAAUUAAAAAGUCUACUGUCGGAAUAUCAACAUUUUUUCAUAGUAAUAAUUUGCCCACAUCUAGAAAAACUGCUGCAGCAGAAGGAGCAUUUGCAUAUCAUGUCGCUUUUCACUCGUUAUCGUUUAAAGCUGCAGAUUGUACAAAUCGUUUAAUUUCAACUGUUUUCGCUGAAUCGGAAACUGGUUCUGGAAAAUUAUUCUCUGAUGAUUCAAAUGAAAUCUACUUCUGGUUUCUACAUAGCUCAUUGCAGCUGUUUCAGCAAACUUUGCUGAUACUUGAAAAAAAAGACCUUGUGCUUCCUGAAAUGAUAGAAUCUGUCGAAAAUCUGUCACAAAAACUCACUGACAGGAUGCAGAAAAAUUUUUUUGGUGCCAUGACUCAAUCAAAGUUGCAAUCAUUAGAGGAUUCUAAUUUGGCUAAUCGCAUAGAAAAGGAGUUUUCAACAUUUUAUUUGACAUCUGUUGAUUACAUUCAGAAGUGGUUCAGAAUUACUGAUUAUCCGUCUUCUUCUAAGUGGUUAAUGCUGAAAUCUGUCGAUACAAUUUCGUAUGAGAAUAUUCGAAAAUCUGCAGAGUUUCUAAUGCCAGAAAUUUUUGUGAAAGAUUCUCUGUUUGAUGAAACGAGUCUUCUAAUUUCACUAUUGAAAGAUUCAAAAGAAAGUUUCCACGAAUUGCCUAUUGAUAUAAAAUGGGCUGUUCUGUUUCAAAACGAACUGUUUUCAAAUUUGAAGAAAUUGGUAUACACAAUUUUUGCCAUUCCUACCUCGAAUGCUGCUGUUGAGCGAAUUUUUUCAUUAUGUAAAAAACAAUGGACUGAUGAUAGAAACUGCCUAAAACUUGAUACUGUUAAAAGUUUACUACAGCACCCACGAAUCACGAUGAUUAGACAUUUAGAGUAA